UGGUGAAUUCAGCAUCCAUCCCACAGAGUCCGCGCUCUCAUUCCACGCCCUACUGAAAUCAACACGGCUCGGGAAAUGAGGGACCACAACACUGCCUGAAGAUGGCGAACUCCACGGCUUCCUAUGACCAGCUGGUCUACCAGGUGGAAGCUCUCCGCCAGGAGAACUCCCAUCUGCGUAGAGAGCUGGAGGACAACUCCAACCACCUGUCUAAGCUCGAGAACGAGACCACCGACAUGAAGGGGGUAUUGAAGGGCCUGCAGAAUAAACUGGAGCUGGAGGCUGGCACUUUGGCCUCCUCAGGGAGGACUGAUGUGCUGGAUCAGCUCAAAGAGUUGCACAUGGACCUGACCAACUACUAUGAGCUGAAGUACCAGCCGCACAAUCUGCGCGUCCUGCCAGACAGUCUAGCCAGUCUGGCAGCUCAGUCGAGUGACAUGGACGAUCGUCUGGCCUGCUUGCCUCCCUCCUCCUCCAGAGCUAGGAGCCCCCUACGGCCUUCAUCCCGCCAGAGCUCCUCUCUGUCAGGGGAGGGCACGGCCGUGCAUCCUGGACACCCCCACCUCAUGGAUGGAGCCCUGGCCAAAGCCAUGCUGGGAGACGGACGUAUCACGGCCCAGCAUCUGGAAGACCUCUACAAAGAGAGGGCUAUGCUGGUGAGUGAGAUAGACAAGGAGGAGAGGGAGCGUCACUGGUACUACAGCCAGCUCCAGGGCCUGUCUCAGCGGCUGAACCAACUGCCACGCAUCGACACAUUCUCCAUACAGAUGGACCUCAUUCGGCAGCAGCUGGAGUUCGAGGCGCAGCAGUUGCGUUCUGUCAUGGAGGAACGCUUCGGAACCAGCGAUGAAAUGGUCCAGCGGACUCAGAUCCGUGUGGCUCGUCUGGAACAGCUAGAGAAAGAGCUACAGGAGGCGCAGGAGUCCAGAGGCACCCAGGAAAAGAACCUGUGUGAGAUCUCAAGCUGUGACACAGAAAAUGCGUUGUCUUCUUCUGCGAUUGAUGCACAAGGAGAUGGAAGCAAAGUGGAGAUGGUGUUCUGGCUGCUCUCCAUGUUGGCCAACCGGGACAGGGAGGAGAUGUCCCGCACUCUGCUGACCAUGUCCAGCUCCCAAGACAGCUGCAUCGCCAUGCGCAAGUCAGGGUGUGUACCCCUGCUGGUGCAGAUCCUUCACGACGGCCCAGGGGGCGCCGGAGAGCCGGAUGGAAGUACAGGGUGCAGCCGGGAGGCCCGAUCCAGAGCCAGCGCUGCCCUGCACAACAUAGUGUACUCCCAGCCAGACGAGGGCCAAGCCCGGCGGGAGAUGAGGGUGCUGCACGUGCUGGAGCAGAUCCGCUCGCACUGUGACAGCGGCUGGGACUGGAUCGAGAGCCACGUGGGGAGGCCCUCCCCCGGAGGUACUACAACCACAGACAUCCCUGAGACAUUGGAGCCCCAGAUCUGCCAGGCCAUGUGUGCUGUCAUGAAGCUCUCCUUUGAGGAGGAAUACCGACAAGCCAUGAAUGAACUAGGGGGGUUGCAGGUAGUCGCAGAGCUAAUGCACUUGGACCAGGAGCUGUACGGAAUGAAGAACGAUCCCAUCAAUAUGGCGCUUCGACGCUACGCAGGCAUGGCGCUGACAAACCUCACGUUCGGAGAUGUCGUCAACAAGGCCACUCUCUGCACAAAGAAAAGCUGCCUGCAGGCCAUUGUUGCCCAACUUGCAUCUGAUAGUGAGGAACUACAUCAGGUAGUGUCUAGUAUUCUGAGAAAUCUGUCAUGGCGUGCAGACAUCAACAGCAAGAGGGUCCUUAGGGACAUAGGGAGUGUAACAGGAUUGAUAACCUGUGCUCUUCAAGCCACAAAAGAAUCCACGUUGAAAAGCCUCCUCAGCGCUCUGUGGAACCUGUCAGCACACAGUCCUGAGAACAAGGUAGCCAUUUGCUCAGUAGAUGGGGCUCUGGGCUUCUUGGUCAGCACCCUCACCUACAGAUGUCAGACCAACUCACUGGCAAUCAUCGAGAGUGGAGGUGGCAUCCUGCGCAAUGUUUCCAGUCUUGUGGCCACACGGGAUGAUUACAGGCAAAUCCUCAGGGACCACAACUGCCUCCAAACACUGCUUCAGCACCUGCGCUCUCACAGCCUGACGAUUGUGAGUAACGCUUGUGGGACCCUCUGGAAUCUCUCUGCCCGCAGUCCAAAGGACCAGGAGCUGCUGUGGGACCUGGGAGCAGUCAGCAUGCUGCGCAACCUCAUCCACUCCAAGCACAAAAUGAUAGCCAUGGGAAGUGCCGCAGCUUUACGGAACCUGCUCACAAAUCGGCCCCUCAAGUAUAAGGAUGCUGCGGUCAUAUCCCCUGGUUCCUGCAUGCCCUCGCUCUACAUGAGGAAGCAGAAAGCACUGGAGGCUGAGCUAGAUGCAAAGCACCUUGCUGAAACAUUUGAUUCCAUUGAAAAACAAAGCAGCCCCAAGCAUCCAAGCAUUAACAAGCCGCUGCGGCAUAUUGAGAGCCUGGCAAAGGAUUAUGCAUCUGACUCAGGCUGCUUUGACGAUGAUGAGGCCCCUAAUGUCUCCAGUAGUCUGGAUACAGGGAGUUUCUCCAUGCUCUCCAUGUUCCUGACCAACUCCAACUUUCUUCAAAACCAGCCUCGCAAGAAGGACAGUGAACCGGAGAGAGACAUGGAGCCACCACAGACAGAGGAUAAGAGGCCCGCGCCUCCAGAAGACGAGGUGUCUGUUGCAGCAGGAAAAUUAGCAAAAAAGAUCACCAACACUGUGGCCAAGAUUGAUAAGCUUGUGGAGGACAUUACCAUGCAUACAUCUUCGGAGGACAGCUUCAGCCUUAGCUCAGAGGACCAUUUUGCAGACUGGCCUUAUGGAUCAGAUGAACUCCAUGAGGCCCGGGCCAAGUCAUGCUCCCCCUGCCGCCUCUCUGAUACCAGCAACUUUGCAAACAGGGAACGUCUAAACAGAGCCUAUGCUCUCUUACGUCUCAAAACCACCCAUGCAAGUUUGUCCACUGACAGUCUCAACAGUGGCAGUACCAGUGAUGGCUAUUGUGGUAGCAAGGACCAGAUUAGGCCCUCAGCGAGAUCAGCAACAGCUCAAAGACGACCUAACAAGCUUGAUCUUAAGGUGGCCCAUCAAGAAUAUCUUAACAUCAGAGCUCAUGUUCUCAAUGCGACAAGUCCGAUCGAUGUGCCAGAGAGAGAUUCUGUGGACAACAAAAAGGUUCAAUUGCUUGAACUAAAUAGCACAGAAACAGAGAAGAGCCAAGAGCUGCCCCCACAAACACCAGUUAGUGCAUCAACUAAACUCUCUUCUGAUGUCAGCAUGACUUCCAUAAAGCUGUCCCCUUCCUACCAACAUGUCCCUCUAAUUCAAAGUGUCUCCAAGUUUGGUGUUGCAAAAAGUGCCAUCAAUGUGCAGGCAGCUCAAGCAAUGAGGAGACAAGCCUGGGUCCCAACUGUGAUGACUGGAGGGAGUUUAGGCAAGUUUUCUCCAAUGAGCUCUGCUAGAAGUCCAACCAUUGGCCCAAUGGAGACACUGCAGAAGUAUUCAGUGGAGAACACCCCAAUCUGUUUCUCCCGUUGCAGUUCCCUGUCCUCCCUCUCCUCUGGUGAUGGAGCUCUUGACGGACAGAGUCAAAGUGAAAAUGAGUUGGAGAGUGACUCAUCACUUGAGAUCAUUGAAAUGGAAGAUGGGGAUCUGGUCAAUAGGGAGGAGGAGAAUGAGACCCUGGAGGAUUUAAGUGAUAGCCAACUGCUAGUCACUGAUUCAAAAACCUGUCUGAGCAUUGGGUCUGAUCCUAUUGAAAUUCCCUGCCCCACCAAACGUGAAAAGGUGUUCCUCAGGGGUGUAUCACCAGGCAUACUUGAGGACAGAUCACCUUCAAGUUCAUCAGAGAAUUACAUCCAUGAGACCCCACUUGUGAUGAGCCGUUGUAGCUCCGUCAGCUCACUGGGUAGCUUUGAGUCUCAUUCAAUUGCCAGCUCCAUACUUAGUGAUCCAUGCAGCGGAAUGAUCAGUGGAACAAUAAGUCCAAGUGAUCUUCCUGACAGUCCAGGGCAAACCAUGCCCCCCAGUCGAAGCAAAACCCCAUGCUUUGCUGAAUCAAAUGGACCAGAAACCCAAAAUGCUGGGACAGCAGGGCAGUGGGAAAGCAGCUUGCGCAAGUUCAUGGAAGUUGCAGACUUUAAGGAAAGGAUCAACUUACCUCCAGAUUUGGAGACCAUGAUCUAUUUUACAGUAGAAAAACCCACAGAGAACUUUUCAUGUGCCUCCAGCUUGAGUGCUCUACCUCUUCAUGAGCACUACAUUCAGAAGGAUGUGGAACUGAAAUUGACUCCCUUACUCCAGCAAAAGGACAACAAUCCAUCAUUCCCAAGGGCUCAUGGAGAUAGAGAUGACAAUGAGCAUCCUUCUUUUAUGGACCAAGGGGAGAGAUAUAGUGAGGGCAAUUCAGAUGAUGAUAUUGAAAUUCUCAAAGAAUGCAUCAAUUCAGCAAUGCCCUCCAAGUUCAGGAAAGUAAUGCCCUCCUUAAUCUCCACCUUACCCACACAUGUUCUAAACUCACAAACCCGAAAACCUAUACCUGUUUAUAUGAUGGUUCCUAGCAAUGCCAAUCAAAUGUGCUCAGGGAGAAGGAUUGUGAUGCAACAAAAGGACUUAUAUCUUGAUGAUUCAUCAUACACUGAUUCUGCCGAGGGCACCCCUGUCAACUUUUCCAGCACGACAUCGUUAAGUGACGAAACACUUCAGUAUCCAGUGAGGGACAAGGGGGCAAAAGAUUGGAGGGUUAGAAGUAUGAACAAACAGGAAUUGUUGGAUCAAGAGGCAAAGAGAAUUGAAGACCUUCGGGUUUUCUCGCACUUCCACAAACCCACUAAAAUUACCAGUCAGCCUGACAUACCAGUCAAUCAAAUGAGCAGGUCAAUCAAACAUGUCAUUCCCACUCAAAGAGUACUGAUGCAGAGCAAAGAAGUUGCUGAUAGAGUGGCUAAUCAGAGAAACCGUGAUCAAUCCCCCAAUCAACAAAGACAAAAGCAGGGACAGGUCCUGACAAGGAAACUGGAUCUACCUAUCAUAAAGCAAAACACAGAAGGGAACCAAAAUCAGAGAGCACUAGAGAGAAAUAAGGCUUUUCAGUCCAUGCCCCAUCCAACACCUACAGGGGAAGCGAUUUACUGCUUGAAUGAUGACCAGACAGACAAAGAGGAGGGAGUGAUGAAAAGGACAGGGAGAAAACAGAUGAGAGAGUCCAGCAGAAACACUCUCUCCCGAAGUAUGACUAAUAUUGGUCGGAUUGACAAUUCCCAGACAAGACCCAAAGGCUUUAAUAGGAUCAAGCACAAACUAAUCAUGGAGGAAACACCCCCAUGUUACUCUCUUAGUUCAUCUCUUAGCUCUUUGAGUGAUGCAGAAUUUGAGGAACACCAAUCAAAAUCCCAGCAAGUAUGGGUGAAAAACAAACACAACAAGAUAUCUAACCAGGUCCAACAAACAAGACCAAUGCACAUCCACAAUCAGUAUGAGGAACAAAGCUCACCAAGCUCAGUCAGUAUGGAUUCAGAGGAUGAUCUUCUGCAAAAAUGCAUAACAUCUGCAAUGCCCAAGCAGAGGAAGAAGCUAUCUGCAAGAAAGAAAGCAGAGAAGAAGCAGAAACAAAGAAACGACAUGCAGAAAGUGUCCGGUGGAUGGAACAACGAACAAGACUUUGACAGUGACGAUAUAGCAUCUGAUAAAGACUCAGACCUCAACAGUGUUGAAUGGAGAGUAAUACAAGAAGGAGCUAAUUCUGUUGUCACAAGGUUACAAGCAUCAAAGUCUCAAGAACAUUCCUCUGAAGAGACUGAAUCUGUCCUCUCAUUCAUGUCUGGAUCUAGCUUUACGCCUAAAGAAAAGAAGAUCUUUAAAGACAAAAAAGCAAACAAACCACUGGACUUUAACCAACGUAAACCAGUUCCAAAUCUACCAGUGGUCUUCAGAGGUAGAACAGUGACAUACACGCCUAAGAAAGAGACAAAUCUUUCGCAAAGGCCGCCUCCUAAUAAAGAAUCCCCCAAAACAGAUGCUCCAAAGAAUCCAAACCUUGCUCAACAGAGGUCAAAGAGUCUCCACCGUUUGGGACAACCCCUAGACUCCACACAGUGGUGUUUGCCGAAAAGAAGCUCAACCCCACCUCCGAGGAUACCAAAGAGCUCAUCCUCUGGAUCAUCUCAAAGCUCUACUCCAUCGAGACAGUCACAGAAGAAAAUAAUCUCUCCCCCACAAACAAGUAAAUCUGUUCCCAAAAAAGAUAACACACCAGCAAGUAGUCCACCUGAAAGGAAGGGACGUUCCACUGUUCCUUCAAAUCAGAGCCCAAUACCUCCAGGACACAAAACACAGAAGUCACCCGUCCGAAUACCCUUCAUGCAGAAUGCAGCAAGACAGUCCAGAACUCUAUCGCCAUUGGUAACCAACCAACCCACAAGUAUCAGCAGACAAAACAGUCAGGUGGCUGGAAAAAUAAUCCCUCCAGCCAAUCGUUUUGACUUAGUCCGCAUGACAUCUACCCAUUCAAGCAGCAGCGAGUCUGACCGCAAUGGGUUCCUGAGGCAAUUGACCUUUAUCAAGGAAUCAAAGACAAGGAUGAGACGUGACAUUUCGUCCUCACGCUCUGUGCCUACCUCGCAGCACGCAUCUCCCAGAAAAGCAAUUCCAGGUGCUCCUGCAGUCUUCCUAUGCUCAUCCCGAUGCCAAGAGCUAAAGGCAGUUGCUCAGGGACCAAGAAGAAUGCAAGGAAAGGGCCCAGGGCAAAGGCAAGAGCCAAGGCAGGAGCAGGGGCUUCAAAGGCAGACUGUGACUCUGUCCAGAGCCUGCUCUAGUGACCGAGACCUCUCAACGAGGUGUCCAGCCAGGAGAACCAGCUCAGAGAGUCCCUGCAGGGUGCCUCCGAGAAACGUCUCCGCAACCAAGCAACAGGCAAGAGACAACAUCAAGCGACAUUCCUCAUCGCCCAGCAUAAACAUACUAAGCAGAGUAACCAGCCGCUCCUCGCUCCGCUCCUCGUCCUCCGACUCAAGUGGGCGAGCCAAGAGUGAGGACGAUACAAAGAAGAAGCAGCAGAGAACUGGAUCACACCUCAAUGACAGAGUCACCUGGAGGAGGAUUCGGGAUGAGGAUGUGCCUCAAAUCUUGAAGAGCACUCUGCCAUCUACUGCAUUGCCUCUGUUGCCUGUUCCUGAAGGGCCAAAACCAAAACCACCGGCACUGCCAAGGAAACUGCCGACCAUUUUACUAAAGUCAAGAAAGACGAGCGACGCUACAGUCCAAACAGAGGAUUUCUCGUCCAACAAGACCAACUCAAGCACCUCUCCAACUGUUGAGACAGCUCCAAUCAUCUCAGAGGAGGCAGCGAGACUAGCCCUCCUUAGAAAGAUCAGCAUUGGCUCCGGCCAAGAUGGAGACUCUGAUGGAUCCCUAAAGAGUUACAGCACAGCAUCCUCUGGAAACGCUCACUCUGUGGAAACUCACACAGGCGGCGUCGGCCAUUUCCGUCAGAGCUCUCCCAGCAAGGCAGUUCGGGUCACCCCAUUCAACUACAUACCCAGCCCCAUGGCCUGCUGCCUGCAAGAUGCACAGAGCCAAGCAACAACAAUCAAUGAGAAAUGUGAAAAAUCUGAAGCCUAGUACCUACUACGUAGUACCGUAUGUAAUUCUGUACAAUUGAGAUGAGAAAAAUCCUACUGUGUUCCUGAUUGAAACUAACACAAAUACUUGUGUAUAUCAAUCCUUUUACCUCGGGUAUUGAACCUUCUUUUUCCUCACUGCAUCAGAAACAUGUCUUCAAAAAAGAACACUCGUCAUUUCAAAUCAUCUGAUCCCACAUGUCAUUCAUACAAGUUGGAUGUAUGCAUUAAGACAGGACUUCAUUGGAUAGAAUAACACUAUCCUAUAUUUAGAGAGGAGUUACGGGGAGUAGUCUAAUCUCGUACAAAAUGCACAUUUUUGUACUUUUUGUAUUUGUAUAUAAACCAUUGCUUGUUAGGAGAUUAGUGUAGACAUGACAACGUAGGAAAAAAAUACAAUUGUCUGUGGAUUUCAAGACAUACAGCACCAUCAUCAAAAUGAAGGAACAACCAUUAUUGAAAAACAAUAUGCAAAUCAUUGAGUGAAAACCCAGCUGGAAGACUUGUGUGUUUUUGAAAAGGUACUACUGUGGCUCCAAACUCAUUUGAAAAAGACUGUUGAAAUACAUCAAAAUAUGGACAUAAUAUUAUGUAAAGUAUUUACUAUGUACCCACAUGUUACUGCUUUGCCUUCGCCACACUAUUUACUACUGAGGAUACGACACUGUCAGCCUUCACUUUAGAACCACUGCAGGAAUUAUUAUUGCCAAUAGUUAACGUUAAAUAAUCAGCACUGCUGGAACACUAUGAUAACUGUAUUCUGUUUUAGAAGCGGUAUUGUAAAUGCAUGCAGACCAAUGUUCCCUCAAAAUUGAGCGCAUGCGCAGCCGUGCACCUCCUCCAGGAUUGCCACGCAGAAAAAAAAGCCAGAUGGCUCAGAGAUUCAAGAGUUUGAACUUCACUGAGUUCACAUUAUAUAUAGCAACAUUUUCUGUGAUCGAAUCAACAUUAUAUCAGGCCAUUUUUAAUGCAACAAAACAAAUCCAUAUUUGCAAGAUUUAAUUUUGUUGUAGGCAAGGCCAGAGCGCAACGGAGAAUAAUUAUAUUUGCGGGUGUAGCCCACGAUCUGAAUAAAAGUGAAUGCGCUUUUCAGAUCAGAGCCGCGCGUGUGGACAUUUGUUGAUAUUCUUUGCGAGAUAGCAAGUUAUUAGCCCAGUUCUAGAUAAGUAUAGGUCAGCAAUGGAGAGUUACUGCUUCAUACAAUAGCACAAAACGUGUAGGCUACAUUUCAAGCUCGUUGAAAAGCCAAUAAAAAGCUUGUGUCUUAAUUAAAGGGGCAGUGUUGUAUUUUGAGACAGGCGUGAAUAUGCACAUAAACCAAUAGGAAGAGGGGUAGCCUACAUUGUCUAAUUCGCUGUAUGGUAAUAAUAAUUAAUUGAAUUUUGUAAAGUGAUUUCUUGCAUCAUAUAAUACUAUACAAUACCAUUUGUUUUACCCAUGGUGUUACAGAAUAAUUUUUAAAAAUAAUGAAUUAAUGUCAAGCCCUUCAUACUGUAAAAACGUUUUUAAAAGACUCAUGCAAUGUAGGCCUGCAUUGAACACCACAUAUACUGUAGGCUAUUUCAUAGAAAUCAAAAGCUAUUUCCAUGUGAAUGUUAUGGGAUUUGCUCCAUUCGUUUUGUUGGUAGGCCUACAUUAUUUGUAUUUUAUUUAUUUCACCUUUAUUUAACCAGGUAGGCAAGUUGAGAACAAGUUCUCAUUUACAAUUGCGACCUGGCCAAGAUGAAGCAAAGCAGUUCGCCACAUACAACGACAGAGUUACACAUGGAGUAAAACAAACAUACAGUCAAUAAUACAGUAUAAACAAGUCUAUAUACGAUGUGAGCAAAUGAGGUGAGAUAAGGGAGGUAAAGGGAAAAAAAGCCAUGGUGGCAAAGUAAAUACAAUAUAGCAAGUAAAACACUGGAAUGGUAGAUUUGCAAUGGAAGAAUGUGCAAAGUAGAAAUACAAAUAAUGGGGUGUAAAGGAGCAAAAUAAAUAAAUUAAAUACAGUAGGGAAAGAGGUAGUUGUUUGGGCUAGAUUAUAGGUGGGCUAUGUACAGGUGCAGUAAUCUGUGAGCUGCUCUGACAGCUGGUGCUUAAAGCUAGUGAGGGAGAUAAGUGUUUCCAGUUUCAGAGAUUUUUGUAGUUCGUUCCAGUCAUUGGCAAAAGAGAACUGGAAGGAGAGGCGGCCAAAGAAAGAAUUGGUUUUUGGGGUGACUAGAGAGAUAUACCUGCUGGAGCGUGUGCUACAGGUGGGAGAUGCUAUGGUGACCAGCGAGCUGAGAUAAGGGGGGACUUUACCUAGCAGGGUCUUGUAGAUGACAUGGAGCCAGUGGGUUUGGCGACGAGUAUGAAGCGAGGGCCAGCCAACGAGAGCGUACAGGUAGCAAUGGUGGGUAGUAUAUAGGGCUUUGGUUACAAAACGGAUUGCACUGUGAUAGACUGCAUCCAAUUUGUUGAGUAGGGUAUUGGAGGCUAUUUUGUAAAUGACAUCGCCAAAGUCAAGGAUUGGUAGUAUGGUCAGUUUUACAAGGGUAUGUUUGGCAGCAUGAGUGAAGGAUGCUUUGUUGUGAAAUAGGAAGCCAAUUCUAGAUUUAACUUUGGAUUGGAGAUGUUUGAUAUGGGUCUGGAAGGAGAGUUUACAGUCUAACCUGACACCUAAGUAUUUGUAGUUGUCCACGUAUUCUAAGUCAAAGCCGUCCAGAGUAGUGAUGUUGGACAGGCGGGUAGGUGCAGGUAGCGAUCGGUUGAAGAGCAUGCAUUUAGUUUUACUUGUAUUUAAGAGCAAUUGGAGGCCACGGAAGGAGAGUUGUAUGGCAUUGAAGCUUGCCUGGAGGGUUGUUAACAGUGUCCAAAGAAGGGCCAGAAGUAUACAGAAUGGUGUCGUCUGCGUAGAGGUGGAUCAGAGACUCACCAGCAACAAGAGCGACAUCAUUGAUGUAUACAGAGAAGAGAGUCGGUCCAAGAAUUGAACCCUGUGGCACCCCCAUAUAGACUGCCAGAGGUCCGGACAGCAAACCCUCCGAUUUGACACACUGAACUCUAUCAGAGAAGUAGUUGGUGAACCAGGUGAGGCAAUCAUUUGAGAAACCAAGGCUGUCGAGUCUGCCGAUGAGGAUGUGGUGAUUGACAGAGUCGAAAGCCUUGGCCAGAUCAAUGAAUACGGCUGCACAGUAAUGUUUCUUAUCGAUGGCGGUUAAGAUAUCGUUUAGGACCUUGAGCGUGGCUGAGGUGCACCCAUGACCAGCUCUGAAACCAGAUUGCAUAGCAGAGAAGGUAUGGUGAGAUUCGAAAUGGUUGGUAAUCUGUUUGUUGACUUGGCUUUCGAAGACCUUAGAAAGGCAUGGUAGGAUAGAUAUAGGUCUGUAGCAGUUUGGGUCAAGAGUUUCCCCCCCUUUGAAGAGGGGGAUGACCGCAGCUGCUUUCCAAUCUUUGGGAAUCUCAGAUGACACGAAAGAGAGGUUGAACAGGCUAGUAAUACGGGUGGCAACAAUUUCGGCAGAUAAUUUUAGAAAGAAAGGGUCCAGAUUGUCUAGCCCGGCUGAUUUGUAGGGGGUCCAGAUUUUGCAGUUCUUUCAGAACAUCAGCUGAACGGAUUUGGGAGAAGGAGAAAUGGGGAAGGAUUGGGCGAGUUGCUGUGGGGGGUGCAGUGCUGUUGACCGGGGUAGGACUAGCCAGGUGGAAAGCAUGGCCAGCCGUAGAAAAAUGCUUAUUGAAAUUCUCAAUUAUGAUGGAUUUAUCAGUGGUGACAGAGUUUCCUAUCUUCAGUGCAGUGGGCAGCUGGGAGGAGGUGUUCUUAUUAUCCAUGGACUUUACAGUGUCCCAGAACUUUUUUGAGUUAGUGCUGCAGGAAGCAAAUUUCUGCUUGAAAAAGCUAGCCUUGGCUUUUCUAACUGCCUGUGUAUAAUGGUUUCUAGCUUCCCUGAACAGCUGCAUAUCACGGGGGCUGUUCGAUGCUAAUGCAGAACGCCAUAGGAUGUUUUUGUGUUGGUUAAGGGCAGUCAGGUCUGGAGAGAACCAAGGGCUAUAUCUGUUCCUGGUUCUAAAUUUCUUGAAUGGAGCAUGUUUAUUUAAGAUGGUUAGGAAGGCUUUUUUUUUUAAAUAGGCAUUUAAAAAAAAUAGCCACAAUACCCUAUUGGUUACUGUCUAAAACUGUAAACACACGCCGGAAGUUGGACAAAAUUCUCACAACAUUCAAAUUUCCGUUCACAAGACUUCACAUUUGAUUUGCGCAGCGCACCAUAAAAUUGAGGGAACAUUGGUGCAGACAUGCAGUAGAACUCUAUAAGCUUCCCAGUGAGCAAAAACAACUCUGUGUUGCUCCUUACAGCAUGCCAAAUACACCUGUAUUACACAUGUUAAUAUUGUAGAUGUUGAACUAAAAUUAACUUCUCCUCAGUGGCAUUCUUCCUCAUUUAAAAAGAACAAACAUAAAAUAACCAGCCAUGGAAACCAACAUGCAUUUCUUGUCCAUCUCCAUUCUGGAUCAAGUGGCAGUGAGAAUAUGCCAUGCUCAUUGAUUCUAAUUGUAGAUGAACAGCCUGAAUGACUGUAUUUCAACAUAAUAGCUGUAAAUGCCUUUGUCUAUUGAAUGCUAUGACAUAUGUGUUCGCCUCUAGAAUCACUUAAAGUAAUCAGAGAGCAGGUACUGUACAAUAUGGUGUGAUGGUGGAUGAUGAUCGUUAAGAAACAACUGUUGGGUUCUACACAAGAGUACACAUACAGAAAUUAUUCUGUAGAAAUAUUUACAGAAAGGUGUUAAUAUCCGCUUAAACGUCUUGCUGUCAGUAGUGAUAGGUCAACGAACUCAAGCAUAAAGACCGUAGAAAUAAAAAUGCAUAUUCUCUGUAGUUGUACCAUCACCUGUUCAUAUGUUCUCUUAAGAGAUGUAACCAAGACAAUUCGAUUGAGAGAAGUGCUUGACAGAAAUGAAACUAAUCUGGCGUGAUUUCCAUGGAAUUUAAGAGCUGUUUAUUCUCAUUUAAUGUACAAUGUUAAAUUGAGUCAGGUAACAUUUCCAAAGCAUUUGAGUAAUGCAAUUAACCAAGCCCCUUUGUCACAAUUGCCAUUGAUGAUGUAUAAACAGCCCUUAAAGACUAGUAGUGACAAUGGAGUACAUAGGAAAGUUGUCAAAGACAGUAUUCUUUAAAUCUUUUGUAAAGGUUCUUACAACGGAAAUGUUGUAUAAUGUAUGUUACGAAUCAGAUUAAAAGAUCCAAGGUUGUACACCAUGAACGUCAUAGACCUUGUUUAUACCUGGCAUUAAAUUACGUAAAGUUAGAUUCAAUGCUUGAAAGCACUGGAAAGAUUUGUGAACGAGUCUAGUGAAAUCCCCUCCCAAGGUGGAAUAGAAAGCCGAUUUAGAUCAGCCAGGACUCGGGAACUGGAAUACUGUAUUAGCAAUUAGGUAUCCUGUAAGAUCAGUGUCAUUUUGAUAUUACUCACUUUGCUUCAACUAGGAUAGGCUAAAUUAAGUUGGACCAUGGGGUGAAAGGAAAGAAGGAUUAUAGCAGAUCAGAUAUGGGGUAGAAGAAAUCUCAUGCCAUGUAUAAACAGGGCCAUAGGCAAAUGGUACCAUGUGAUAUAGGCCAAGGAAUGAAAGUCAUCAUAAUACAUUUUCUCAUCAAAUAAAUUGUGGACGUGUAUCAUUUUCCUGGCUGA